UGAGGCACCCCCACACCGCGGGAAGCUCACCAUGCUGCUGUGGGUGCCACGGGCGCUGCUCGCCUUACUUCUGCCCAUGCUCCUGGCACAGGGAGAAGCCAGGCUCAGGGGGGUGCCCCACACCCAUAACACCUCCAGGCCCGCUUUGCUGAGGCUGUCAGAUUACCUCCUGGCCAACUACGAGAAGGGCGUGCGACCCGUACGGGACUGGAGGAAGCCAACCACCGUAUCCAUUGAUGUCAUCGUCUAUGCCAUCCUCAGCGUGGAUGAGAAGAAUCAGGUGCUGACCACCUACAUCUGGUACCGACAGUACUGGACUGAUGAGUUUCUCCAGUGGAACCCUGAGGACUUUGACAACAUCACCCAGUUGUCCAUCCCCACGGACAGCAUCUGGGUCCCGGACAUUCUCAUCAACGAGUUUGUGGAUGUGGGGAAGUCUCCAAAUAUCCCGUACGUGUAUGUCCGGCAUUGCGGUGAGGUCCAGAACUACAAGCCCCUCCAGGUGGUGACCGCCUGCAGCCUUGACAUCUACAACUUCCCCUUCGAUGUACAGAACUGCUCCCUGACCUUCACCAGCUGGCUGCACACCAUCCAGGAUAUCAACAUCACCCUGCUGCGCUUACCAGAAAAAGUGAAGUUCGACAAGAGCGUCUUCAUGAACCAGGGCGAGUGGGAGCUCCUGGAGGUGCUGCCUCAGUUUCAGAAGUUCAGUCUCGAAAGCAGCAACUAUUACGCAGAAAUGAAGUUCUACGUGGUCAUCCGUCGGCGGCCCCUGUUCUAUGCGGUCAGCCUGCUGUUGCCCAGUAUCUUCCUCAUGGUCAUGGACAUCGUGGGCUUCUACCUGCCCCCGGACAGUGGCGAGAGGGUCUCCUUCAAGAUCACACUCCUCCUGGGCUACUCAGUCUUCCUGAUCAUUGUGUCCGACACUCUGCCAGCCACCGCCAUCGGCACUCCCCUCAUUGGUGUCUACUUCAUCGUGUGCAUGGCUCUGCUGGUGAUAAGCUUGGCUGAGACCAUCUUGAUCGUGCGGCUGGUACACAAGCAAGACCUGCAGCAGCCCGUGCCAGCCUGGCUGCAGCACCUGGUUCUGGAGAGAGUCACCUUGCUCCUUUGCCUAGGGGAGCAGUUAACCUCUCAAAGGCCCACCACCACCUCCCAAGCCACUAAGACUCAUGACUGCUCAGAGGUGGGAAACCACUGCAGCCAUUUGGGAGGACCCCAGGACUGUGAGAAGACCCCAAGGGGCAGAGGCAGCCCUCCGCCACCGCCGCGGGAGGCCUCCCUGGCUGCGCGUGGGCUGCUGCAGGAGCUGGCCUCCAUCCGGCACUUCCUGGAGAAGCGAGAUGAGAGCCGAGAGGUGGCCCGGGACUGGCUGCAUGUGGGCUCCGUGCUGGACAGGCUGCUCUUCCGCAUCUACCUGCUGGCGAUGCUGGCCUACAGCGUCACCCUGGUCACGCUCUGGUCCAUCUGGCGGUAUUCCUGA